AUGCUGUCGCUCGUGCUUAUGAUCCUCUUCGUGCACAUCGCCAUCUACCUAGUCAAUACAAUUGGCGCAUCUACAAUCGACCUUCUGUUAUGGCAACUGUACCUUCAAGUGCCAACCUCCACCUCCCGAAAUGCCCGCGAGCAGCAGCGAUUGAAAGGUGAAGUCGUCAAGCUGAAGCGCGAGAUGAACAGCACAAGCUCGCAAGACGAAUUUGCGAAAUGGGCCAAACUGCGCAGACGGCAUGACAAGGCCGUGGAGGAAUUCGAGGCAAUGAACCAGACAAUCUCCUCGCAAAAAAGCUCUUUCGAUUGGGCCGUCAAGACCGUGCGCUGGCUUAGCACCAACGGACUUAAGAUGUUUUUGCAAUUCUGGUACUCUAAAACACCUGUCUUUGCCCUGCCGGAGGGCUGGUUCCCUUACUAUGUGGAAUGGAUCCUUUCGUUCCCGAGGGCUCCUUUGGGUUCUGUGAGUAUUCACGUUUGGAACAACGUGUGUGCGAGCGCCAUCGCUGUGAUUGCCGAGAUUAUGGGGGCAUUGUUGGUGCGGCUUGUUGGCCAGAAGCAACCCGUUGCCAACGGAGCCAAGAAGACACAAUAA